UUCAAGACGGAUGAUAGCACGUGAGGCAUUCAAAUUUUCACAGUGACUGUUGUCUCUUGAAGCGAAGCCUUGUCCGCGUAAUCUCUGUAAAAGAAGAAACUUUUGUGAGAGCACAUUCUACGAACUUGCAUUCGGAAUGGCCCAGAAUAUAAAUCCGUUUUAUUCUUCUCAAAACACGCCGAGCAAAGCUACAGAAGAAAAACAGAACAAGCCGAAAGAUAAUCAUGCAGUCAGUAAACGGCUACAAAAGGAGCUUAUGGUCUUGAUGAUGAGUACAGAGAAAGGAGUAUCUGCUUUUCCAGAGAGUGAAAACUUAUUUAAAUGGAUUGGAACUAUUACAGGACCUAAAGAUACAGUUUACGCUGGCCUUACAUAUAAAUUAACCUUGGAAUUUCCACAUAGUUACCCAUACAGUGCACCAAUAGUACGAUUUGCCACUCCUUGUUUUCAUCCAAAUGUAGAUUCGGUUGGCAAUAUUUGUUUGGAUAUAUUGAAAGAUAAGUGGAGUGCUUUGUACGAUGUUCGUACUAUAUUGUUAUCUAUACAGUCUCUACUUAGUGAACCCAACAACGAUAGUCCACUUAAUCCUUUGGCAGCAGAACUGUGGAGCGACCAGACAAAAUAUAAAAAGCAUCUAACAGAGGAGUAUCACAGGGCUCUCAAACAUAAUCAAGAUUCAUGAUAAGCCCAUAAUUAUGAUCAUUCUGAACCUUUCAUUACUAUUAUUCCUAUCAGUGUUUUGAUUAUAACUAAGUAAAAUGUUGAGCAUUGUCUGCCUCGAAGACUCAUUUACAUUGACAUGGAAUCUUUAGAUUCAUCUUUCAUUAGUGUAAAGUGUAAUAUGGGAUCAACAUUACAUGCUUCGCUUUAUUGCAUUUGCCCUUACAUAAAUUGUUUUUGUUCUUACCAUGACUUUAAUUUUAUAGAAUCUCUGAUGUCAAGAUCAGGUAAGAGCAUUAAAGGCAUUUGCAAUUAUAUCAGAUUUUUUAUGAAAAGUAUUUAUUUAUUUUACAUUUAGUAAUAUAUGUUGAAUUUCAACAUCAUUACACUUCUCAUAUGUGACUAGUGCAUUUGAUAUAUCUCCAUUUCAUUUAUAGUCAUUGUACAAUUCCAAAAUAAAUAUUUUAAAAUGAUUGUACUAAUUGAAAAAAAUUAUUUGCCGUCAGAAAUUAAUUUAUUUCGAUUACAAUUUAUAACGACGUUGUAUAAUUGUUCAGUUAUGAUGUAACUGAUACUUCGACGUAUGAACAUUGUAACUAUAUAAUAGUUUGACUGAGUGUUUCACUGUGAACAUUUAGUAGGAAAAAUCAGUUCUUAAAUGAAUCCUGUCCAUGUAGAUAAAAGAUUAAAGCAUGCGAUAAUUUCUCA